CCCAGUUCUCAAGUUUUGAGACUAUUCAAGGUUGUAACUGGAGUAACUCUUAGGCGUAAGUCAUGGGCGGUGUCAAGUAUUGUCUACCGUUGCUUUUACUGUCAUUGUUGAUUGCUGAAUGUGCCUCAAGGCCAUUGUAUACUCUCCCAAGUCUAGCAAAAUCUGGAACUAAGAAACCGCUUCAGACUUCUCGUCCAUUCAAUGUUGCACACAGAGGAGCAAACGGCGAGUUCCCUGAAGAAACUGCUCCUUCAUAUAUGAGGGCAAUUGAGGAAGGUGCAGAUUUCAUAGAAUCAGACAUUCUAUCUACCAAAGACGGUGUUCUGAUAUGUCAUCACGAUGUUAAUCUCGAUGAUACAACUGAUGUUGCUGACCACAAGGAGUUUGCUGACCGUAAGAGAACUUAUGAAGUUCAAGGGAUGAACAUGACCGGCUUCUUCACUGUUGAUUUUACUCUGGAGGAGCUGAAAACACUUGGAGCUAAGCAGAGGUAUCCUUUCAGGGAUCAACAGUACAAUGGUAAGUUCCAAAUUAUUACUUUGGACGAGUAUAUAGCAAUAGCACUGGAUGCAACUAGAGUUGCUGGGAUAUAUCCAGAGAUCAAGAACCCUGUUUUCAUCAAUCAGCAAGUGAAAUGGGCUGAUGGUAAAAAGUUUGAGGAUAAGAUUGUGGCAACUUUGAAGAAAUAUGGAUACAAAGGCUCAUACAUGUCUAAAGAUUGGCUAAAACAGCCAAUAUUCAUUCAGUCUUUUGCUGCAACUUCGCUUGUUUACAUUUCAAACAUGACUGACUCACCAAAGGUGUUCUUGAUUGAUGAUGUCACUAUCCUAACUGAAGACACUAACAAGACAUACGCUGAGAUUACAUCAGACAAAUAUUUAGAUUACAUUAAACCAUAUGUGGUUGGGAUUGGUCCAUGGAAAGACACUAUCGUUCCUGUGGAUAAUAACCGUCUGACUACACCAACGGAUUUGGUUGCAAGAGCACACUCACGUAACCUUCAGGUGCAUCCAUACACAUACCGUAACGAGAACCAGUUUCUGCAUUCCGGGUUUCAUCAAGAUGCGUAUUUGGAGUAUGAUUAUUGGAUCAACAAGAUUGGUGUUGAUGGUUUGUUCACUGACUUCACUGGAAGUCUCCACAAUUUUCAGGAGUUGACUUCUCCUUUGCCUAAGCUUCAGUGAUUGGCUCUUUUUCUUUUGCUUUCUAAAGUUAGUUUAAUCUUCUGUUAGGUAUUUUUGUAGGAAUUCUUGGAACUUUUAAUAAUUCUCUUCAGUUUAAUAAAAAGGAGCAACUGCUUCUAUGUUGUUCACAAUGCCUUUGGAAUAACAGUCUAUAGAUGAGUGUUG